GAUCAGAGAAGGACGUAGGAGGAACGACAACCGAGCAGCGCAGCGAUGUACAACACACUGUACCACCGUCACUGUAUAGAGGGUGGUAACACCAGUCUGAAUAUGAACCACUAUGCCACUAAGAAGACGGUGGCAGGGAGCAUGUUAGACGUGGCCCUGCUGAUGGCCAACGCUGCCCAGCUGAAGGCCGUCCUGGAGCAGGGGCCAGACUUCAGGUACUACGUCACCGUCCUGGUCCUCAUCGGUUCGUCGCUGCUCUUCCAGGUGCUGGCUGGGGUGCUGUUUGUCGCCAUGGCACGUAAGGACCUGAACAACGUGGCCAACCAGAGGAAGCUGGACAUCAUGAACAACGUGGCCACCGGCCUCGUCUUCAUCACCGCCAUCAUCAACAUCUUCAUCACCGCAUUUGGAGUGCAGAAGACUGGCCUGUACCCCAAAACCUAGACUGAAGACUGGCCUGUAACCCACAACCUAGACAGAAGACUGACCUGUACCCCAAAACCUAGACAGUAGACUGGCCUGUACCCCAAAACCUAGACAGAAGACUGGCCUGUACCCCAAAACCUAGACAGUAGACUGACCUGUACCCCACAACCUAGACAGUAGACUGACCUGUACCCCAAAACCUAGACAGUAGACUGACCUGUACCCCCACAACCUAGACAGUAGACUGACCUGUACCCCACAACCUAGACAGUAGACUGACCUGUACCCCACAACCUAGACAGUAGACUGACCUGUACCCCAAAACCUAGACAGUAGACUGACCUG